ACCCAAAUUCGAAACAGAAAAGAAAAGGAAAGCAUACACUUUCAUUAUUCAUUAUUCAUUAUUCAUUCAUGCACACACUCUUUACUCUUUCACUUCUCAUAAAUCAUAAAUCAUAAAUCAUAAAUCAUAAAUAACAAAUAAACCCUCUGAGCUCUCACAUUUGGAUUCAGAUCCGCAAUGGCACCCAACAACAGAGCGCAUUUCCCUCUCCUCGCCUUCCUCCUCCUCUGCCUCGUCCUCCUCCUCUUCGCAUCGCCCUUUCACGAUCAACCUGAUGAUUCAGCUCCUGCCACGGGAAAGGCAUUGCAGGAUCUUAAAUCACUUUUUCCGAAAGAGGUUCUUGAUGUUAUUGUGUCCAACACAAAUGACAUGGGGCCUUUGAGUCUUGAGAGUUUUUUGAAGAAUAAUCUGUCUGCUUCAUGGAGGGUUGUUGGAUUAAAGACUUCAAAUGCUAAGCAUAAGCUAAAUCGACCGGUGAACAAUGUUGGACAAGAGAAGCAAAAUGGGAAGGAAGGAAAAUUUUCUGGUGUUGGUAGUGCUCAGUGGACUGACAGUCCUGCACAGCUAACCAGAAGGCAAUUAAUAGAGAAAAGGAAGGAAAAGCGUGCUGCUGAGUUGGUCAAACAGGAUGAUGAAGUAAUUGUUAAACUUGAGGAUUCAGCUAUUGAACACUCAAAAUCUGUUGAUUCAGCAGUUCUAGGUAAAUACAACAUUUGGAGGAAAGAAAAUGAGAAUGAGAAUGUUGAUUCUACAGUACGGUUGAUGCGAGACCAAAUCAUUAUGGCUAGGGUUUACUUGGGUAUUGCAAAGAUGAAGAACAAGCCUCAACUAUACCAAGAACUGCAAUCUCAGCUUAAAGAAAGUCAACGUGCUUUAGGUGAGGCAACUUCUGAUGCUGACCUACAUCCCAGUGAUCAUGAAAAAAUCAAAACUAUGGGCCAAGUUCUUUCUAAGGCAAAAGAGCAAUUGUAUGACUGCAAGUUGGUUACUGGGAAAUUGAGGGCAAUGCUACAAACAGCUGAUGAGCAGGUUAGGGGCUUGAAGAAACAAAGCACAUUCCUUAGUCAGUUGGCUGCCAAGACCAUACCAAAUGGAAUUCACUGCUUAUCUAUGCGCCUUACCAUAGAUUACUUCCUCCUUCCUCUUGAAAAGAGAAAAUUCCCUAGAACUGAGAAUUUGGAGAAUCCCAGUCUCUAUCAUUAUGCCCUGUUCUCGGACAAUGUCUUGGCUGCAUCUGUUGUUGUCAACUCAACUAUUGUGAAUGCAAAGGAUCCUUCAAAGCAUGUGUUUCACCUUGUUACUGAUAAACUGAAUUUUGGAGCCAUGAACAUGUGGUUUUUGUUGAACCCUCCUGGAAAAGCUACAAUCAAUGUUGAAAAUGUUGACGAAUUUAAGUGGUUGAACUCAUCCUACUGCCCAGUCUUGAAGCAGCUUGAAUCUGCAACAAUGAAAGAGUAUUAUUUCAAGGCAGGCCAUCCAACUACUACUGGUGCUUCUAAUCUCAAGUACAGAAAUCCAAAAUAUCUGUCAAUGCUCAACCACCUGAGAUUCUAUCUUCCACAAGUUUAUCCAAAAUUGGAUAAGAUUCUUUUUCUUGAUGAUGACAUUGUUGUCCAGAAGGAUUUGACUGGAUUAUGGGCUGUGAAUCUUCAUGGAAAAGUAAAUGGUGCUGUUGAAACAUGCGGUGAGAGUUUUCACCGAUUUGACAAGUACCUUAACUUUUCAAAUCCGCAUAUUGCAAAAAAUUUUGAUCCAAAUGCUUGUGGUUGGGCAUACGGGAUGAACAUGUUUGAUUUGAAGGUGUGGAAAAAGAAGGACAUCACUGGCAUAUAUCACAAGUGGCAAAAUUUGAACGAAGACAGGGUGCUGUGGAAGCUGGGAACAUUACCUCCAGGGCUAAUGACAUUCUAUGGAUUAACACAUCCGCUAAAUAAAUCAUGGCAUGUACUUGGUCUGGGUUACAAUCCAAGUGUAGAUCGUUCAGAGAUUGAUAAUGCAGCAGUGGUACACUACAAUGGUAAUAUGAAGCCAUGGUUAGAGAUAGCCAUGACUAAGUAUCGAUCUUACUGGACUAAAUAUGUCAAAUAUGAUCAUUCCUAUCUUCGGAAUUGUAAGCUGCGAGAAUGAUCCUGAAAAUUAGGUCCUAAGUACAGAGAACACUCUUUUUCUCUGCACAAUACCCUCCCCAUCUCCUUUCCUAUCUUAGCAAUCUCAAGUGAAGUGGCUUUCUAGAGUGGUCAAUUGUCCAAGUGAUAGGGUCAAGUCAAUGCUUGUUCUGUAGUUACCCCUACAUCAUCUCUUUCCCGCGUCACUUAUUUUUGCCUUCAAUUCAUUUUAUUUGUUUACACCACCCUCACUGAUUUGAAACAAGGUACAUAAGUAGUAUACCUUGUUUACUAUUAUAAAAUUCCUUCAUUGUAUACAAUACUCAGAUACUAGGACUGGACUAGAAAUAGAAUAACAAUUUUUAUGUUUUCUUUCGAAAAUAUCUUUAUUGUUCAGUUUCGAGGACCUAUUUGAUCUUUGCAUGGUUU